CCACAGCUCGACCAGCUGAUCGAUGCGUGCCGAGCAUGAGCAGAAGUGAAGGCGUGCGGGGUGCGGGGCGUGUCAUGCACAUUGCACAGGAGGAGGUGUUCUGGCUUCUGGCCUGACUGAUUCAAGUGGGGGAUCUGAGCUCUGGAAUCAUUUCACAAACAAAGACAGGAGGAGGUGUGCAUGAUAUGGUCGGAGAACGGGAGAAUGCCAGCCAGCUGUACGUAGACGGGAGAGAUUGGCCAGUCAGGAGUGGUCAGGAGAUCGUGCCCUCGAUCGCCCAGAGUGGACCGAGGUGGAGGCUGUUGCACUGCGAUCCGACGAUCAAAAAAGAUCACGAGCACGAGGCGUCUUCUGUCCGCUCGUGUUCGUGAUCUUCUCGUUGGUCGGGCGUGAUCUCAGACAACGCCGGUCUCGUGCCAGAGAUGCUUCAACCGCGGCUUUCCAGGGCUACGCACGGUCGCUCGGAAAUCCCACUGCCCGCUUGAGACGUUCCCAUCCUUCGCGCAGCUUCCGUAAGUAAGUAUCGUUUUCUGCGAAGAAAAAACGUGUUUGCUUGGAGAAGCUCUUUGUUCACAUGCAGGCUCGCGAGUAGGAAAGUUUUUCUCGAUAAGUUCGUCAUCCGUCAGGGAGAAAUCAUGUCGUACUCCAUCAAUAGAAGACCCUUACUGGGAGGUGCGUCUGAUAGCGAAUUUGAGGAUGAUUUGGAGACCGAGGUGGAUGAUCCUAACGUGACGAUUCCCGACGAGAAACCAUUUUUGAAACCGUACGAGCCACAUGACAAAUAUAAUCUCGCGUACAUUGUGUUUUACUUACUUGGGAUAAAUACGUUAAUCCCAUGGAGUUUUUUUAUCACUGCUGACGACUACUGGAUGUACAAAUUUAGAGAAAUUCAUAAUAAUUCGACAAAUCUGACUCAUACGUAUGCAGAACUACUUGAACAAAAGACGGAUCUCCAAGCUAGUUUUACUUCUUAUUUAAGUGUAGCCAGUGCAUUGCCAAAUACUCUGUUUUUAAUAAUAAAUGCAUUUAUUAGCAAGAGAGUCUCUCUAACUGUAAGAAUGGUGGGUUCCCAAUGUAUAAUAUUGCUGCUCUUUAUUAUGACAACUGUAUUUGUCGAAAUGGACACUGACAAAUGGCAAAAUACGUUCCUAAUAAUUACUUUGACGACAGUUGCGAUCGUAAAUGCUGCGAGCGCAAUUUUUGGAGGAAGUUUAAUGUGCAUAGUGGGCAAGUUUUCGCCGAAAUACAUAACCGCGAUGUCCGGCGGGCAAGCUCUUGGAGGAAUAUUCACGGCCCUAACGGAAAUAUGCUCCCUGUGGAUUGGUGCCAGUCCGGUACUUUCCGGCUUAGUGUAUUUCAUUAUCGGCGAUGUUGUGCUACUGUUGUCGCUGAUCGCGUACAUCCUUUUGGAGAAAGCGCCAUUCUUCAAGCAUCACACGAUAGAGAAAGUACCUGAUUGUUUGGAAUCUGAUUAUUCCUUAAACGGCGAAGUCAGCUUCUCGACAAGUUCGAGUGUGCCCUACACGCAAAUUUUAAAGAGGACCUGGCAUUAUGGCGUUAGCAUAUUCUUAGUAUUUUUUAUAACGCUGGCUGUGUACUAGGCAAUCACUGUACUAGUGGAGAGCGAACACAAAGGCAAAGGCAAUGCGUGGAACGACGUAUACUUUGUACCUGUGGUUACGUAUCUUAUCUUCAGUAUAGGCGAUUAUGCAGGAAGAGUAUUAUCUGGUAUUCUUCAGUGGCCAAGAAGCAAGCCGUGGCUCGUAAUGUUUAUGAGCGUCGCGAGGGGCAUUUUCAUACCUGCGCUCAUGUUUUGCAAUGCAUAACCGAGGCAUCAUCUACCUGUUUACAUUCACAGUGAUAUGUAUUACAUAUUGAUAACUAUUGUGUUCGCCAUAACCAAUGGCUAUCUCUGUAAUUUAACGUUUAUUCUCACGCCUACAGUCGUAGACAGUGAGGAAAAAGAAGUUGCGUCCGCAAUGAUGGGUGCUUUCUUAGGUAUAGGAUUAGCAACUGGUGCUCCGCUCAGUUUAUACAUGGUCAAGGCUCUUUAACUAAAGACGAAUGUAAAUUAAGAUAACAUGAUCUCACUGCCCUUUGUACAUUCGAAGGUAGGACGGGAGUGUUUUAUGAUUACGAGCUUUUAGAUAUAACGACAUUAGUAUAAGUUAGUUGUUCUCGAUCGCCAUCUCAGUGAAACAUCGCUGCUGAUUUACGAGAAUUCUUUUAUUCCACGGAAAAUCCUCGGCGCAGCUUUCUGCGGUAUUUUACUGAAAAUUUGAACGGAUCUACAUCACAUGUAAUUUUUAUUUUUAUGACUAGUUUUUAAAUUAUCCAUAUUUACUACAAUUGCAUAGUGCAAUUUCGUAUUACCGUAUUUGAUUAUACAAGACGUAGUAAUUGGCAAGGUGUCAAAUUACUUAGAAAUAGACGAUGUUGACGUUAUACGUAAAAAUCAUUUCUAGAAAUGUAUAUAUAAUUUAUAAUGCAUUUAUUAUGUACACAUAUAUCCUAGGAGAAAAUGUGCGUAACUACAAGUGUUACAUGUACAUCAAACAAAUAGAUAUAUAAGUAUUUGAGAUUCUGAUAUCAUGUGUAUUAUAAAUUAUGUACAUUUACUUUCAAACAUAGUUUCCGCAAUAUAGAUAGAAAUAUAGAUAGUAAAUUGAUAGAAGAAUGGAAAAGAUAUACAAUGAGUAUUAGCUCUGUCGCAGGAAUUUUGUAUAAUUCAUUUUCUCGCAAAAUCCUUAGGGAAUCCGCAAAAAAACGGAGUGUUGUGGAAUAAAUAAAAAUUAUAAAUAUAAAUUUAUAUAACUA